CUUCACUCUUCACUCUUCACUCCAGCCAUUUUCCCGCGACAACCGCACGGUUGCUAUUCGACUACCGUUCUACGCCGGCUGAUUUUCGCGCUCAGAAAGUCGCACAGAAGUCUACAAAACCCGAUAGGCGCUGAUACAGGACCGAGCAACCCGCCACAAUGUCCGAGCGAAAGGUCCUCACGAAGUACUACCCCCCAGACUUCGACCCCUCGAAGAUCGCACGGACGCGCGGACCGAAGCAGGUCGGCCCAAAGGUCCAGACCGUCCGACUGAUGGCGCCCUUCUCCAUGAAGUGCGUGCACUGUGGCGAGUUUAUCUAUAAAGGGAGGAAGUUCAACGCGCGGAAAGAGACCACCGACGAGAAAUACUACAACAUUGCCAUAUUUCGAUUCUACAUUCGUUGCACGCGAUGCUCCGGCGAAAUUACCUUCAAAACCGACCCGAAGAACAUGGAUUACGAGUGUGAACGGGGGGCAAAGCGCAACUUCGAGCCCUGGCGGGAAGCGAAGCUUGCCGAGGAGACAGAAGAGGAGAGGCUCGACCGGUUAGAGCGGGAAGAAGCGGAGCGCGACGCGAUGAAGGAGCUCGAGACCAAAGUGCUCGAUGCGAAGCAGGAAAUGGCCAUCGCGGACGCUCUGGACGAGAUUCGGUCGCGGAACGCAAGGAUAGAAAGGGCGGACAAGGAGGGCAAGCGGACUGACGUCCAAGUCGAGUCGGUAGAUGAUUUGCGGAAAAAGCAGGAAGAGGAGGAUGCUGAGGCAGCGCGGAAGGCAUUCGAGAAUCGAGCCCUUCCAGAUAUCGGCGAGGAGAUGAUCGAGGAAGACAUGGUCGAUGUACCGAUUGAAGCACCACCUCCGGUUUUCAGCAAGAAGCCAAAGGAAAAGAAGGAUUUCGGUGCUGCGCUCGGCAUCAAGAAGAAGGCUGCGGUUGCUGCUGCGACUCCUGCUCCAGCCCCUGCCCCAACAACGCAAGUAAAGGCCUUCGAACCCAAGAAAACGGCGACGCUGCUAGCGGGCUACGAUAGCGAUGACGAUUGAUUUCAGCACAGCAUUCCGCGCAUUUGAUGGAUUAGCCUUCACAGACCCUCCUUGAUGCCAUUCUCAGUUUCGCGUUCUCUAGAAGGAGAGGGCCGAGCGUACUCAGCUCUCGGCGUAUUCCUCAAAAGCAGAGCCUCGCACCGUUAGCAUCUGGAAUCCCGAGGCUUAAGUUUCUCGACAGUCAAUUGCGAUCGGCCUUAACCAAUCACACCAACGACUGGCACACUUCAAUAUGCAUCCUCAACAUGUGAC